UGCGACCAAAGCCCGAUUCCGAAACUUGGAUCGAGCAUGGGAUUCCGCGAUCUCGCCUGUAGCGCGCAAGCAUGGACGGCUACAAGUACCUGCUCGCCAAGAUGAAGGCGAGCCGCGGCAACCAAAGCCGGCUAGGCAGCUUCGCCUCCGUCGGCUGCGCGUCCUACGACUUCCACGGCGACGACGCGGUCGGCUACGGGCCCAACUACAUGGUGGUCGCAGACGGCGUCUCGGGCACGCAGAAGGCCUCGGGCGUCCUCGCCCGCCUGCUCGUCGCCGAGACGUUGAAUGGUCUCGAGAAGCUCCGCCGGCGAGCGCUCGAGGAGCCUAUCAAGACGACGGACUUUCGGAACCAAAUGGCGCUGGCGAUCCAGGAAGCUCGCCACAUGACGCGGCGCAAAGGUCGGUUCGACUCGGCGCUCACGGCCGUGUACCUCGACGCAUCCACGAGCCAGCUCUUCGUCUUCAACAUUGGCGACUGCAAGUGCGUGCUUGUCCGGAACGGCGCUGUCGUCUUUGAAAGCGACGCGAUCAUCUACGAUUUCAACGUGCCGGCCGUCGUCUCGACGCACAACGACAUCCAUUACCCGAGCGAGUCGGUCGAGCUGCAGGUCGCGACCUACAUGCCGGGCGACAUUUGCAUGGUCUUCUCAGACGGCGUCCACGACAACUUGUACGUCGACCAAGUCCUCCGCGCGAUUGCCGCCCACCCCGCGCAUGGCACCGACAUUGCGCGAGCAACGGUCCGUGCAUGCCGAGAUACGUUCGCCGGCAGCACCGACUUUAUCCCGUUUGCUGUUGCGGCUGCCGGCUUUUGCGCGACGGCCAUGGAGGAGAUGAAGACGAACGACGCCAUCUCGGCCGAGGACUUUGACGCGUUUGAGAAGAAGUGCGCGGGUCUCCCGGGCCUGGACCGGCCGAUCUUUGGGAAAGAAAAACGCGUCAAGAACCUCGCCUUCUACUCGGCAUCGAACCUGCUCACGUUUGCGGGCAAGAAGCUCGGGAAGAAGGACGACAUCUCCGUGUGCUGUGGCAUCAUCGCCUAACCCUCCCGGUCGUUUCGCAGUUAGUUUUCUUCCUUGUCCCCAUGUCCGUACUAGUAUACUACCACAAAUAGUCCUAAGUAUAUAUUAAGCUAAAAUAUUUCCUUGCUACUCGAUGUCGCAUGCAGAACUUGGGCUGUUGACGCGACGUCCAAGCUUCUCGUGCAGCUCGCUUCUUCCGUCGAGACGGCUCGGUGUGUCGCUACCAAGCCACGCCAGCCUCUGGGGCUCCUCAAGGACGAGCGAUUGUCAAGCCUACCCUCCAACCCUCCAGCACUUGCGGGAUCAGAGGGCUGUGUGCAACGAGUACUAUAUGGUCAGACGUGCGCGCGUGCAGCGCCACGUCAUUUGAAGUUUCUCGGCCAAGAAAAUCCUCCUUCCGCGUCUCGCGAAGGGUUCCUACCAUGCAGGACGCGUCAGCUAGAUGUCGGCAGCCGCGCUGGGAUAAGGACCAGGUGGGAUCCUCCCCGUCGGUGGUCCCACUCUGACCACCCAAUGGAGGUGCGAGCGUCCACCGCGCAGAGCUGCGGAGCGAGGUGCUGAGCGGCAGCGAAGACAUGAAACGCUAAGCGACGCGAUUUGAGUCGGUCGCCGAGUGGGAUCGCUCGCAUGACAAGCGUCGCAUUAAUAAAACCGGAAUUUUGCGGCGA